AUGGAGCUAGCCCACUCUCCUCUGCACUGCUGCCACAUCUGGCGCAGCAUCAUGCUUGAGCGGUUCUGCAGCGAGAUCACCUUGGACAUUAACAUUGGAAGGGAGCGAAGCGGCCUGCGAUUCAUGUUCUGGCCGCAAACGGUCGGCGCACCACACUUUGCAACCAACCAUCUGUGGCUGGCCUGCGUGACCUCGAUCAAGCACGACGGCCAUGAUCCGAUGCUUUGGGUUUCGAGUCAAUUCGCCAGAACCGAGCACCCUGCGUUCGCUCGAACUAUCAACCGAUUUGAUGACCAUGCAGGCAAUCUAGUUUAUACCAACCCCGCAGGCGCCAUCGUGUAUCCUGUCCUCGAGAAGCUCAGUACCUUUGGCUACCAAAUGUCACCUCGAUUUCUCGAAAUACCAGAAUUGAGUCAGGUUGUUCUGUUCUCAAACUCAAGGGAAGAGUUUACUCUUGGUGUCAUCAAAGCGGUAAAGUCGCUGAUCCAUAGCCUGGAGCUAUUCGAGAACCACCCCAAGAAUGUGUUCAUCUACAGCCUGGAUCGAUACAAAUGGACCAGCAACAUCCGGUUCCUGAAUGUCGAAUAUAUAGACUUUAACUUUAUACAGCUCAUUGAUCUGUUGAAAACGCUUCCCGUACUGCAAAUGCUCCGCAGGGGGCUGUGCUCGCCCCGCAAGGUAUUUUAUGAAGACGAUUGA